GCUAUUACAGCUUUAGGGAGUUGCCAGCUCAAAAUUUGAAUAUCGUACUGAUUUUAACAGUUGUACACAUUUUGUAAACAACAUUUGGAUUUUAGAACAUCAAAAUGGACAUUGCAUUUCAUUAAGUUUCCAGCGCCAACAGCAUGUUCCCCCGGUGGCAAGUGCUGUAAUUUCUGUAUUUAAUAUUCCUCAAUAACACAAAGGUAAGUUUGUGGCCAAGAUCAGGAUAAAACACACAAGUCAGCUGAAGACGGAAUCGAAAUCAGUGCAGAUUCUCCUGGAUUUUCAUGGAUCUUCAUGUGUUUUUGAACAGUGCCUAUGAUAAGCAGACCAGUUCUCCAUCCAAGUCCCCAACAAAAUGCGAACAAAGGACGGUCCACAAUCAUUUGGGAGCAGGCAGUGCUCAUGUCCGCGUGGCCAUUGGUUCAGUAUUUGCCCAUCCGGGGGAUGCGGCUGGGGCCCGGAACUCCGAGGUGGGGGCCUCCUCCGCCCGAUGUUUGCACAAAAUUAACAAAUGCCGAAAUGCCAGAGACCAUGAGCCGGAUUAGUUUCGAUGGGAUAAUGAUUUCAAAUCUCUGGCCAAAAGUAAUGCGCCUCAUUAGUGGCUAAGCUCCCGGCUCCAUGGUUUUCCACCGCCUUCGGCCAUGUGGAUUCCGUCCGGAUUUCUAGUCCGGCAAAAGACAGACUGCGGGAUAAAGAGAGAGAGCGCUUUUGUUUGCCUAAUUUUCCACGUUGAUUUUCUAGCCGCAAAACAAAUGAAACGUUCGCUGCAUAUUAAGCAUCUAAUUUAAUUUGCCAGAGCGCAAAACCAAAAAGGAAACUGAAGCCGGGAAAAAGAAGUGGAUAAGUCAACCCCCGGGACGACCAGUGGGUGGUGGGAUAUGGGUGGGUGGCUUUGAUUUUGGACUGGCUUAAAUGCUUCAUAAUGAAAAUCUGUGAUAUCUUGCGGUACGGCUUUGAUUUUUCCCUUCUGUUUGCCGUCACUCAAGUGGUUGAUGUUGAUUGUUUGUCAAUAGAGGACGGGGACUCAGGGAUUCGACGACAAGUCCGUUCCUUUGGGGGAGUGGCAUUGGGAUUACAACUUUGGAGUGCCGGGCACGUUCCAAGAAGUUAUUAGUGACCGUGCCUAAGCCUUUGAUUGCCCAGCCCUUAUACAUACAUACCUCUCUCUAUAUCCCCCCUUUUUCUGUGGCCAAAUCCAUCCUAAUUUGCUCAAGCCAUUACAUUUAAAUGUGCGGAUAUCUCGGACUCGGAUUGGUCCGCCCUGGCCGCAGUAUCUUCCUAUGGUUGGGUGGCUACGACAUGGUGUCUAAGCCACGCCACUGUGCUUUAAAUGCUUAACAGUGAUUAGAUAGAUCUUCGAACAACCUGGAGGACACUGUGUUCACCCAAGUGGGCACCUUCCUUGCCGCGACACCACCACCACCACCCACACCGGCGUGACAAGGCAGGCUUCGCUUUCCGCGCCUUUGCAUGCGACAAGUUUGUCACUGUGAUUUAUGCCUGAGAGGAGAGGGUUACACCACCGAACCGUGGGUGGGGUCGAUGAAUAGUCAAAAAAGCGGGUACACACGUCCGUGCCAGUGGAGAACAAGGGGCGGCAGUCAAAAAGACAGCCGAGCAGAGGAAGCUGAGCCAGUCGGGCGCUGGCAGGCGUCAACAGGAUGCGGAGGACGAAGGAAGGGGUGGAUCGGCGUCGGAUGGCGACUGGCGGGUGGCGGAGGAGAAAACGGAUGAGCAGGCGAAGGAGCGAACGGCGGAGGGUUGCGAUUACAGUGUCAUUGGCAGCGUCGACGGCGUCACUUUGCGCACUGCCAAGUGCAGCCACCAGAACCGAAUCCAAUAUCCAAAUCAGAGCCACACCACCCAGCCAACGAAACGGGGAAAGAAACGACGAGCAGGGCACGGGCGAAUCCACGCCCAACAGCUACAAUUGAAAAUUUUAUUUCAUUUUUAUGGCUUUUGGAAAUUAAAUUGUUGUCAUCGCAUACAAAAUUAACCAGAGCAGCGGGAUUUGCAUAGCCAGCCAAGAGGUGUGACCUCUAACCCCCACCAUCCACCCACCAUCCACCAUCUACCAACUGGCACCCAACAACCACACGACACAGUCACCGAUGUUAUUGUUAUAGCCGCUGUAUCUCACCCGCUGGGCCUGCGGUCUUUAACAUUUAGCAAAACAUUUGAUUGCCAUCAGGAUAAUCCCGAGGGGAUGUCCCAGGACGCGAGGAUGUGGGCUGCCAGGAGCUGUUUGAUUGCCCGGGAGGAGUAUCACAUCUCCAUAAAGCUCACAAAGCCCGAGGCCUUAAAUAAAUGUUUAUUUUAAGCAAUAUAGUCAGGCAUUAAAAUGCAAAACUUAAAGACUGUCAAAGAACUUUAACAAACGGGCUCGAGCCAAAGUCAGGAGUAAAUAAGGCCUGGAAAAAGCUAGGAGAAGGUACUUCGAUGGUCAGCAGCCAAAGUAAAAUCUUAGAUUUCCAACUUUAAGCUUCCCGGCAGCCGGAGUCAAUUUGCAAUUAGAUGUUAUCCAAAAGCAAACGGACACCCAGGAUACGGGGAUUUGAACAAGGUCCCGCAUAAAAAACUAAACACGCAGCAAUCAAUCGAUUAAAAAAGGGCAAAGGAGGAAAAGUUUUGAGCCGGCGGUGGGCGGUGGCACAGACCAGACUAGACGCGGCGGUGGACACCACCUAUGGUGUCCAGGUCGAGGUCCUGCCGGAAGGACACCCCAGGGACCCGCAGGCAGCUCAAGGAAGUCGCCUGGCUGGCUUUCGUCUAAUGCGCCGCUUAUCUUGAUAUUAUUUGGCCAUAAAAAAGGACACGGACACAUGUUCGAGAAGGAGCACGGAUAACACUGGAAGAAAUGUUCCACACCUUCCGAAUCGGGGCAGUGAAUAAAAGAGAUCCACGCAGUGCUCUUUUGGCUUACUGAUUAAUAUAAUAUAAUAUAACCGAGACACCGAGAUGUCCUUAAAAUCUUUGACAUUUUGCACCCAUUUUUCGGCUGUAACCCAAUCCUCCAGCCAAGUCAGUGUGCUCCUAAGGGCAAGGAAAAUUGCAACAUUUCACAUGUCACAACGAGGGCGAUUUCCCUACCCCAAAUAAAAUGGACCAUGUCGAAUCCUGCGGGUUCCGUUGAUUUCCUCGCCCGAAAAAAAUCCAACCACGCGCGUUUCAAAUCCCUUUAGUUACACUGUUUCAAAAUUAAAUAUUUACAUUUUGUAUGCGGAGGCGGAUGCGGCGGGCAUGAGGCCUGAAUCUCGAUUCACAUGUGGGUGUUUUGGCCGGAAUGGUGGUAUCUAGCAACUGGAUACACUGGCCAUCUAAUCGGUGGUGGCUGCCACUCCGUCAGCUGGCCGUGAGCACUUGUCGUGGACAGAGGCGCAGCUGGUCAAGGGGACUACCCGAUGCUGGACCCCACCGAGGGACGCCCCUGGCAGUCGCAUAUGAGCUCAGAUCAUCAAUUCCCCGUUGGCCGGAUGGGGUGGUGGCCACCAUGCAGUUUCCGAUGCGCGUUUAUUUAGUAAUUUGUUUGUCUCCCGACUUAGUCACGGUUUAUGGUUGACAUUUAUUUUAUGAGCGUGAAAAAUAUAUCACUCGCCAGUGGCAGCCACGCCACCCACCGCGGGAUUCCAGGCGGGGUGCAGGCAGGUGGCUGCACCACCCACUCCACCCACUUGCGCCACUUAAGCCAAUUUUGAUAGCGGCUUAUUGAUGGUCGAGCGACUGGCGAUUUGUGCAUUGGUCUCGCUCCAACUUGCUGAUUGAAUCAGUGCGGAAGUGGGACGAGGACGAGAUCGAUGGGCAGUUCGUGGUCGUACGUACAAGCUGUACUCCUGGUCAGGCGAGUCGGAUCUUAAUGGCUAUGGUAGUUCGAGCACUUGAUAUAUGGAAAUGCCGGAUCGACAAGAUGAGCCGCCAGCGACAGAUGAGAGGAAAUGUCGUCUGAAUUUCUCUACGUUUGGCACUUCCUUUGGCGAGUAUUGUUAACCGCUGCUAAGCCCAUCAAUUAUGCCGGGAGGCAUCCCAUCCUUACAAACUUAUUGGCCUAUAAACUAAUCGCAUAAUUGCACAAAAGUAAUUAUCCUUGGGCUGAGCCUCGGCUAGCUCAUUGUGCAGCAACUAUGCGGCACAUCCUACAUCCUGCAUCCUGAGGCCCCAGUGCUUAGGCCUCAUCCCCUGGCGCUCUGAUUUUUCCACCUUGCUGGCCAACUAUGCGGCUCAUCCGCUCCGCUGAACGCCGCCAGAAGGAAGUGCCGUACAGGACCCAAAUCGCAGGACGCAGACUGCGGAAUGCAGGACUCAGAUCGCUGCAAAGCAGUUGAAAAAACACAACGGGCCAAACAACAAAAACAAACACAAGGACAUCUCUUUGUUUGCGGAAAGCGAAAGAGAGGCGAAAUUAAAAUCAAGCUGUUGAUAGCAAUCACACACUCCUGGCUGCCUGAAAUGAAUAAGUCGAGGUGAUGCUGGUGCAUAACACUCCUCAAUAAGCGGACACCUUGUUGGAUUUUUAAGGAGACCACAAUAUGGUGCACCUGCACUUCGCGCAGUGGUCAUGUCCUGGCUGUCGUCUCUACAAUUCCGAUGACGUUGCCAAGAGAGUGGGAUGCAUGCAUCACUAGCCGUCACAUGGCCAACUGCUUGGCUUCCUGCUUUCGACCAAUCUGCGACUGUCAUCCGUCAUUCCAUUUACUGGAUGCUUGCCAUUUCUGUGGCUCCCGAAUCUCCGCCUCUUCAUCUGCAUCUCCUCAAAACAAGGCAAAGUAGGGUAAAUUGAUGUAGUUGGGGUUGACAUCCUCAAGUGGCCCAGUGGCAUUGUUCGACGAUUUGCGUUUGUCGAGCGCGCAGUAAUUAAGUUGAAGUUGCACAGCAGAUCCCCGAUAAGCAUAGGGAUCAGGAUACGGCCACGGUGGUUAGGGAUAAUCCCCCAGAUUAAAAGGAUACGGGCCCCGAUCUUUUGUGCCUCCUUUGAGCAUCAAUCGGGCCAAUUGGAUUGACAUUAUCGGAUCGCAGGAAGAGGAUCUGCUUGGAAAUAAUUGUGACCCACGAUGGAACCAUGUCAUCUCUGGCUGGCUAAAUGGCUCUACGCAACUGCAACUCUUUCGUUGCCCCAAAUUGGCCUUGAGGCAAUGAUUGGCUGCCGCUGCUGCCCAGAUGCCGGCACCACCCUCCUCUCCCGAUGGACCACCCCCUGGGCCACCACAAAGUUCCCAGUCCCCCCUUUUUGCGUUUCUUUCGCACUGAUCUCAGCUGUCGUCGCUUGUUAGUGCGCACGCGUGUCUUUCUCUCUCUAAGAAGCAGACAGCGCGUGUGUUCCCCUCUCCAUCGCACUCAACGCCCGCCCAGUCACGUCCUCUCACUCACUCCGCCAGCUCUCCCACUCGCACCCAUCACGAUCGUGAGGCGUUGAUGGCGAUGGCGCUGAAGCUGGCGCGCAUGUGCAACGCAGCCACAAAAUCGCAAUUGCCGGGACCGAAAACCAAAAUGAAAAAAGUACGGAAAAAGGAGCAACCAAAAGCUUGAGCUGGCACAACGUUGUAAGACAUAGUUUGUUGCCAGAGCCCCUCCCCCCCACCACCGCACCGCUGUGCCCCUGUGCUUGUGUGUGGGGGACCUCCCGCAGAUAAUUGCCCAUCAUCUCAUCAAGUUCCGCCCAGCUAUUUAACAACCGAGGAGCAGGAGCUGCAGGAGGAGGUUCGGGGCCCCGAGAGCAAUGAAACCCACAAAACAAGACACCAAAAUGAUGAACGCGACCACGCAAAGUAGAAGUAGCUGCCCGAUCUGGGAGUCGAGGAAGGAGUCUGGCUCCAGACCAUACAAUCCCGAGGGCCGCUACGUUCAGGAACUUCUCAAGCGCCCUUGGGCUGGCGCCACCAACAUUGAGCAGCAGCUUGGGGCGGCGGCUGCAGAUCGGCUCCAAAUCGCAGCAGUCCAGGUUGCAGCUCCACUCCAACCACAGGCAUCAAUAGCACCACCGACGACGAAAAAGCAGGAGGAGACCAAGAAGAUCCAAGCAUGUUAAUCGAGUCAUAUCGAUUUUGGCGUGGUUCGUGUCUCGGACGUUUUGCCCAACCGCCGUCCUUCGCCCCCCAAAAAGGGGGAGGGGCCGAUCCCAUCAGCGAACUCGUAACUAAAUUGAAUCCAAUUGCAGACGAGUCGGGCCAAAUAACUGUGAGACAUAAUGAAUGAGUGUUGGCCAAAUUGCAACUUGGCUUGCCAGCCGGGCAGUUAAGGGUUAAUGGAUGGGCACCAAGGGAUUGUUUGCAGGGGGUUCAGGGGGUGGUGCUGCUCUGCAUCUUCCAGUUUAUGGCCCAGCCACUAAUAUCUCAAUUGGCCAGCGGAAGGUUCGAUUAACUGCACCAUUGGGCCACCCACCUGGGGCAUCUGUGCUUGGACAUCUGCAUGAAUGCAUCCAUAGGCGAAAUGAAGCAUUCUUUCUAAAAGAGUGUACAGUAUUUCUACUGCACAGUUUAUAUGAAUGUAAGUAGGUAGAAUAACAUUAUGUUAUUGAACAGCUCUUAAUGAGUACACUAAUGGUGGUGUGCUGUUAAAUCACUUUUCAGUAUUUAUUUUGGUCCACACAUAAACAAUGACACAGGGACUUGUAUAUGUGUGCUUAAGAGAUGUUAAAACGUACAGAAGCCAAAUAGCUGUUUACAACAUAGUAUUAUUGCAGCAAUAUGUACAAUUAUACAUUUACUAUUAAUUAAUAGAACUCAGUAAUUAAGUCAUAGUAAGAUAUUAAUUUUUAAAAAGGAAUUCAAUGCAAAGUAAUAUAUACAUUAUUAUUAAUAACAAAAGGUAAUAACAGAAAUAUAUUAUGCAUUUAUAUUAUGUUAGUUUAGAGAACACUAGACUACUGUAUAGUUCUGUUAAGCUAGAAAUUAUGUGAUUUCCCAGAUCCUCCUUGUCCUGGUCCCGAUUCCAAACAAAAUAAUAAGAAAAUGUACCGUUUUCCGAAUUCUCCGUCAAAAACAAUCCGAUUUUUAGGCAGAACAUUGUAAAUAUCGGCCCAAAUAUGGAUUGUCAUACCUCGUUGAGCUCGUAUUUUAAUUCCCAAUCGAUUGGCAUUCAAAUUUGGAAACUUUAAUUUUUUGCCAAUUUUUUCAAAUUUUGAUGAUGUUACCCCUUAUCAAAAAUAAGAAAAUUCACUGAAAAAUUUAUUUUUGAAAAUCCAUUUAAAAGUAAUAAGGGUAGUUAGCUUUGGUAAUUAGCUUCACAAAACAGUUUGCUGUUCAGCUUUAUGACCAUUUUUAGCCAAGUUGUGAUGAAGGAAGUGUUAGUAAAUAUCGAAUUUCUUAGUAAUUCACUUUUCUUAAUUUUCCGUCAUGACCCUAUAAAAAAUUGUGGAAAUUUACUCCGCCGAAUCCGCCACCCCCUUCGAGGACGCCUACGUUAUGCAGGAUUUAGAGGACAUUCUGAUUCUCCAUCAUCAACGACGAGGUUCUUCACGACAAGGACGACGAGGACGACAAGGACGACGAGGACGAAGAGGACGACGAGGACGAAGAGGACGACAAGGAUUGUGGCUAGCGAAUAACUGACCCCAGUGAUUGUAGCAUAGAGCGUAUAAGAAAAAUAAAAAAUACAUGAAUUUUCAA